UUGUCUUAUUGCGCUCCGUGUAUACCGUCCUGUAACCAAUGGGAAUUUGAGAGAAAGAAACGUUUGAUUUGUAAUAGGGUUUCUCCAUUACAUUAUCUGUAGCAGUAAAAAGACCAUUUCGAUAGCUGAGUAUGUUCAAACUGAGAAAGGAAUUUGUCAACUUCGAGGAUAUAUUAUUAUUUGUUUUGAACUUAGCUUCGUAUAGCAGUAUCAUCGACUCUAAGUGAGCAUGGAAGCCAAUGGGAGAAUAUCUGAGCUAGAGCAAGAGGCCAGCGUGUCUGAAAAUGCUGGAAUAAGCCCCAAACCUACUCAGCCUCGCUGGGUUCGGUGGACCGUUGGCAUUUCAGCGUUUCUCACUCUGUUUGCGGUGUGGGGCAACUUCUAUGUGUUUGGCAUAGUACUUCUGCCUUUUCUGUGUGAAUUCGGUGCUGGCAGAGCAGUCACGUCUGGUGUAAGUUCAACGGGUUUGAUCUUGCUGGCCUUAUUUGCGCCGGUGGCCACAUUUCUCCUGAAGCGCACCCGUGCAAGCGUCCCGAUGUAUGGCGGCAUCAUCAUGUGUUUCCUUGGCAACUUCCUGGCAUCGUUCUCACCGAACAUUGCCGUGCUGUACCUAACCUAUGGUGUCAUACUCGGUAUCGGCUCCAGUCUGAGUUACACGACGUGUAUAGUCGACCUGCCACUGUACUACCCGGAAAACGAGCGUGCCCGCGCCAUAGCGUUCUGCGAGACCGGCGCAGUGCUCGGCUUGAUCACCAUGGCUCCACUGAUGGACGUGUGUGUUAAGCACCUCGGCUGGCGUAAGGCACUGUGGGUGUUUGCUGCUCUGAUCGCUCUUCUCCUCUUGCCGGCGCCCUUUGCCUUCAAUCCCAAGUAUAAGUGUAGCGAGUACGCAAAGAAGUCUGAGAACGACGGCGAUGAACUUGAGCCAGCGUCAACAGAGUCCGACGGGCAAAGCACUGUUGAUAAAAACACAGCUGAGACGGCGGUGGAGGGCACGCCUGGCAAUGCACGGAAUGGCACGGUACGUGCUCUGGACGCAGAACAAUGCACUCCCAGCACCAGCCUUGCCAUGAUCCCGCUCAACGACGUAGCCGUAAGCCGACGGGCUAAUGGCGACAGUCUCCCGCGGCAGCCGAACGGCCACAACACCCGCUCAAUGGACAUGCUACCUGUACGCGUUGUUAGUCCGCAUGCCAGCUUGCAUGAAGUCAACCUGGAUAGCCGUUCAGUCAUAUCGGUGCCGGUGGACGCUGGUGGGUCAAACAUGGAAGUUGAGGAUUCAGUGCCGCUACUGCUUGACAAUGGUGAUGUCGAAACCUGCCCAGAACAAUCUAAAAAAGAGGUGCUGACUGGAUGGAAACCCUACGUUCACCUGGUCAAGAACUCUCAGUUUGUUCUUUUCUGCUCAGCAGCUUGUCUGUGGUACGUCUGUUUCAACGCGCCUCUAGUUUAUCUGGUCGACAUGAGUGAGGCAGCGAGGCGAGCGGCAGAGAACAAGACUGGUGUGAAUGAGACGGCGGUGUGCGAGUCCUCUUUCACGGAUAGCAUGCUCUACAUCUACAUGUCUCUGGCGCUGCUCGUUUGCUUUCCCCUCGGCGGCUGGUGGUUUGAUCGGCUGCCGUCCGUGCGCCAUCGUCUAGUGCUCUUGAUUGGCAUGUACAUCGUCACUGGCUUCCUAGUGGCCGUCAUCCCACUGGCCAAGACCGAGUGGCAGUUUGCGCUGGUCAGCGUCGGUGUUGGUGUGUCGCGCACGCCCGAUGUCUUGCAUCCGGCGUUCCUCAUGUCACUGCUCGGCGAUGACCUGUACCCGUACGCCUGGACGCUGCUCUUACUCACGUCGGCUCUCUUCGACGCGGCGGCACCUCCUAUUGUGGGUGCGCUGCACGAUGCGCUGGGCAAUUUUCUGAUCCCGUACCUGAUGAUGGCCGGUGUGAUAGCCAUUUCCAGCCUAAUCCUUUCCCUACUACUGCUGAGAGUGACGUCGCGUACACUGAAAUCCACACUGCAGUCGUGGGUCGCUUCCUGCUGCUGUCGGACUACACGCAGAUAUCAUGAUAAUGUACGUGCUGUCCGGUAUCGUGUGAGACUGGAUACUGAUGAAGGCUAGGCUUGUUUUUAGUUCAAUUUUAAAGCAAAUAUAAUUUUGACUUGUCGGGCAACGACCCCUAGUUUUGGGGAAAACCGACAGGACUCUAGAAUAUUCUAAUUUUAUUCAUAUCCACACUGACAAGACUCUAGAAUAUUCUAAUUCAUAUCCACACCACAAAAUGUCUUGAUAUUACUGAUCUCAGCCAACCAAGUCAAAGUCCAUCAUCAAACAGCAUUUAUCACGGUGAUGAGUUCACAAUUUUUUUAAUGCCAGUCUUGAUAUAAUUAUUAUUAUGUACAAUUUUCUACUUACAAAACCUAUUUACAUCAUCAGAUCAUGCGACUACUAAACUUCAUGCAAUCUCUCACAAGACCAUCAGGAUCAUACUAGGGUUUCAUGUGAAGCGUUAAAAUGUCAUGUGCAAAUAAAAGCAAUUUUUAAUGUUCA